CAUCCCUGCUGCCCCAUCGCACUCCUUUCUCUCCCUUUCUUCUUCACAUGUUCAUAGCCAGAAACGCUACCAAAACACUCAAACGAAACCCCAGAUUCACCAACCUCACCACCUUACGUACAUUCCACACGAGUUUGACCAAUCUCAACAAGAUGAGCGAAGAGACCAAGCAACAGAUCAAGACCGCUUUCCCCGAGCUCUUGAACAUCGCCAAGCAGAAGACUACUCUGCCGGGGAGGGAAAAGGAUAUGACCCCGAUCGCCAAGCAUACCGAGCUCGAAGUCUGGACCAACGAGGGAGAGCCCGAGAUCUACGACUACAAGGGCAGCAACAAGCUCAAGGGAAAGGCUGCGAUCCUCACCGGUGCUGACUCUGGGAUCGGACGGGCCACCGCGCUGGCUUUCCACAGGGAAGGAGCUGUCGUCACCAUCUCUUAUCUCGCGGAGGAGGAGGAGGACGCUCAGGCCGUCAAGAAGCAGAUCGAAUCCGAGGGCGGACAGUGUCUCUGCGUUCCCGGUGAUCUCAUGAAGGACGAGACUUGCGAGAGCGUCGUCAAGAAGCACAUGGAAAAGUACGGACAUUUGGAGAUCUUGGUCAACAACGCCUCCAAGCAGAUCAAGUGCAAGGACAUUGUCGAUAUCGAUCUCGACAACGUCAGGUCGACGUUCCACAGCAACAUUGUCCAGAUGAUCGCCAUGGCCAAGUUCUGCGUGCCUCAUAUGAAGGCUGGAGCGAGCAUUGUCAACGACGCCUCGGUUACCGCUUUCAAGGGAUCACCCGCCAUGGUCGACUACUCGUCCACCAAGGGAGCCAUCGUCUCCUUCACCCGAGCCCUCGCCGGUCAACUCGCCCCCAAGGGAAUCCGUGUCAAUGCCGUCGCUCCGGGACCCAUCUACACCCCGCUCCAGCCCGCUUCAAGGGAGGCCGAGGAGAUGGAAGACUGGACUGUCGGGGGCGUGCCUUUGAGGGGACGUGCUGGUCAGCCCAGUGAGAUCGCUCCCAGCUUCGUCUUCCUCGCUUCCAACGAGUGUUCGAACAUCAUCACUGGAAACAUUAUCCACGCCAACUUGGGUCAAUACUUUGCUUAAGCGCAAUGGACCGGCGUAUAGUCUGAGAGGAAGGAUAACAGAGGUGCAAGAAUCGAGUUUUCUACGUGUAGCCAAAUACGAAAUGAUUAGUGAGAAAUGCCAUAUAGAGAUCGUUCAAAGGUGAACGCUUCGGUGAAUGUAUGUGGGUGUGGG